GCCAGCGGCACAAAUGACGUCGUACGGCCAGGCUGCGACUCGAAGCCGGAGACUGCGCAGGCGCCGGUGGUUCGCGCCAGACCUCCAGAAUCUCUAGAAGCCUGAGGCUUGUCAAAAUCACGGGCGCAACAUGUCGGCACAACAUCGAUCAGUUCGUUGUCGAAUUGGACGAGUCGUUUCCGUAGGGCGUCCUGCAAACUGGUGGACCAACGGCAGAUCAGGGCGCAGCAGCCAGCACCAAGGCAGGGGGGUCAUCCUCUGCUCACAGCGAAGUGCAGUGUCAGAGACUCCCAAGUCCAUCGCCUGCGCCACCUGUCAUGGUCUGCAGCUUAUCCACGAAUCAUGAGUUCAGUACAUGUCCUCGGCAGUGGUCGUCUGCUGCGAAUCCGAGAACUCUACCGGAUCAGGCUUCCCCAGAUCGCGCCAUGGUUGCCGGCUGACUGGUGCUUGUGACUCGUACAAACAGCCUUUUCGAAAGGCUGCGAGUUCGCCUCACUAGGCGCUCUUUGUCAUCCUCACGGACAGCCAACGUCGAUUCAUCAAGUAGGCAAGGGUAUUAGUGGGAUGUGCCACCCGAUAUGUGAGUACCAGGUAUAUAUCUACCCAUAAGGCUAUCCAUCUUCCAAGGUCGCCCUUCUCUGAACCUUUGCCUUGGUAAAUCCAUAUAACGCACCAUGGCAGCUGCAGAAUACUUUGCUUCCGGUGCUCGCCCGCCUUACGAACAAACAAACAGUCUCUAUCCUCCGCCACCGGGCCGGCCUCAACGAGCACAUUCACAGCCUGGGCGCACAUAUCCUCCGCCGCAACCGAGUCAUUCAAGUCCACAACUACCACCAGUACAUCAUGUCCCAUAUGUGUCACCACCGCCUCCCUAUCAACCGCUCACGACCGAGAGCAAACCCAGUCCAUACUUAGCCCCACACCAGUCCUCUUCAGCCCAGCAGCGGCCCUCGAUAUCGUACCAGCAGCGGCCAGAUCAGUAUUCGAUGAGCCUACCAAAUUAUCAGGCAUGGCCGCCCUCUACUCCCCAACACGGUGCAAUGGCUCCCCAGCCAUAUCCCUAUCAGCAGCAGAUAUAUCCGCCUUAUGCGUCUAGACCAAGCCUAUCAAUUCGUGACGCAGGAAUCGGAGAUGGCUACGCCUCAGAUCCAGAACAGCGGAGAAGGAAACACAAGAGUCGGUCCCGACGCAUAUCUGAUAAUUCUCGGUCCACAAAUGCGGAUGGAUUUAUUGGCGCUGCAGGCGGCGGACUGCUGGGUGACUUGCUGUUUCCCGGGCUAGGGACGGUUGGAGGCGCCCUCGUUGGAUGGGUUGGUGGCAAAGAUUAUGGCAAACACCGGAAAUGGCGAGAAGAGAAGAGAGACCGGGACCAAGAGAGGUGGGAGCGAAAGUUUGGCCGAAGUCACUCGAGGAGCCGGAGCCGGAGCCGGGAUGAGAGACGGGAUAGUCAUGAUAGACGGAAAAGCUACGAUUGAGACGAUGAUGACUGAGACCAGUCCACUUCCGGGAUAUGGCAAUUGUCUCUCUGGCCGGCCCAUUGAGACUAUUGCCUUUACACAGCAAUAAUGUCUAGUAUACUAUAUUACUAGGUUGAACAGGAAUAGUGUUUAUUCCAUAACAUACGUUUGGCAGUUCACGCCCUCUCGCC